UUAUCUCCAGAAACCAAAGAUUAUCAACCUUACGCUGGAAUCGAUCACAAAAUUCACAAUUUCGGUUCACAAAAACAGAGCAGAGAGAUUGUGUGAUGACGACAGUGACCAGCAGCUUCGUCUCUUUCUCGCCGGCGCUGCUCCAUGCGAAGAAAUCUCGACGAUCCUUUCCCAAUUUCCGAAAUCGCUCCACGUCUCUUCCCAUAGUUUCAGCAUCAUUAAGCCACAUCGAAGAAGCAGACACAACAACAAAUCUCUAUCCCAACAUUCGACAGACCAAUUCGAUUUCGGAUUCGUUGCGUAACAUUUCUUUAGCAGAUUUAGAUCCAGGAACUGCGAAGCUCGCAAUUGGUAUCUUAGGUCCAGCUUUAUCAGCUUUUGGAUUUUUAUUCAUCGUGAGAAUUGUCAUGUCUUGGUACCCGAAACUUCCCGUUGACAAGUUUCCUUACGUUUUAGCGUACGCUCCGACAGAACCAAUCCUUGUUCAGACCAGGAAAGUGAUUCCACCACUUGCAGGUGUUGAUGUAACUCCUGUGGUUUGGUUCGGGCUUGUGAGUUUCCUUAGUGAGAUUUUAGUUGGUCCUCAGGGACUUCUUGUUCUUGUUUCUCAACAACAAGUUAGCUAAGAUUGAAUCAUUUUGUGCCUAUUUUUGCUGUUUUUCUUAUAGAGAAGUCUACUUGUGGCAUAUAACGUUAUAUUCCUACAUUACUCACUCA